AUGCCAUUGGCAAGGCCAUUCGAUGAGACCCUCGCACGAAUGCCCCGUGCAGAAGACAUCAAUGGGCCCUUUAAAGUCGAAGACUUUGUGGAUCAGCAUCUCUUCCAGAUAGAGAUUCAGAAUCUGCCUAACUUUAAUGCAAUCUGCACCGCGAUCCAAGGACUGAGUGGCAACGUUGGAGCCGAUCGGUUGACCGAAGUCUUAAAUAGCAUUAGUGCCAAUGUAGGGGCCUAUCUUCAGGUUCCGCCGGGAAACCACAUCUGCUUCUUCGUUCACGAGCAUGGGGCGGCUUUGAAUGUCUCGGAGAGACCAGACAUCCUUGGAACACUCCAGUCCAUAUUCGAUGACUAUUGCCUACAGGAUUCUAACAGGUCCAGAACAGGGAAUUUUAUUCGUUUUUCUUAUUCACAAGUAGAGACCUGCGUCGCAGUUGUUUCCGAAGGUAUGACUCAAGAGGAUGGCUUGAAGCAGGCGGCUCUCUACGCCACUAGUAUACACCACGUUAGAUUGGACAAGCCGUGUGUAUACGGGCUUUACGCUGGGCGAACGCAUUAUUUUGUCAUCUGGAGCGACCCAGUUGCCGCUUACCGAUCAACGCAACAGUCGUACUCGGAGCCCCAAGCUCUCAUAAAAUACGUCGCGUCCUUAUAUAAUCCACCCUCAUUUCACCUCACGUCAUCUCCUAACGCUACCCGCGAUGGCUUUCUCUUGUUAUCACAUAACACCAUUGACGCUGAACACUUGACGCCACGCAGUGAUGACUCCGCCCCUUUAUGGAGAAUCGAAGGCUUAGAGGGACUUUAUCGCUGCAUAUUCUCCGGAAUUCCUCACACUCGCUGUACUCGCGUGUACAGGCAAGUGGAUCCUCCCGGAGUCCAGGGAGCCCCCUUCAUUUACAAACAGGUUAUGGGUCGACUGGAUGGAACAGAUCCGGUCCACCACGAAAUGAAGAUGCUCCACCAUAUCCACGAGGAUGGCUAUGUCGCAGGGAUUGUUCGAGGGGUCGAGUUCGAUGGGGAACCCAUCGACAUUAGCAUCUGGGACUCGGAUGAAUUGAACCAAUGGAAUGCCGAUAAAUCACAUGGACAAGUGACCUCCCGAAGAAGUUCUGCAAUGGUCUACUUAGACACCGGUGCGCCAAUCUCGAAAGGAAAAACCGUUUUGGAUCUGGUCGCGGGAUUCUUCGAUUUUGUGGAAGAGUUACGUUAUAUCGUUGAACGCCGUGAAGUUGUUCACCGUGACAUCAGCCCCUCAAACAUAUAUACAUAUGUAAAGAGUGUGACACCCCAGAACCCGACUGCUCUUGGGAUUCCUGGGAACAUGCUGAAUCCUUCGGCCAACCAACCGACCUUCAUAAACAAAUACCUUCUGCCAGAUAACAGAAAUCUGCCUAGGGGGCUGGUUGGUGGUCUGCACAUGGCCGCUAGCUACCAGCCCGAUAAUGAUCAAGCAGCGGAGAUUUUGAGACAGUUUACUGGCACCCCACUUUACUCCCCUCGAGCAAUUCUGUCAAGGACAUGGAUUCCCGCGCCCUACAGGUUCCCGUCCAUGCCCGAGCUUCAAGGCGAGGCGCUCCAAGUGUACCAUAUGCUAUUUGGACCUGUUGCAUAUGAAGCCGGUCAUGAGGUUUAUGACCGCAACAACACUCAUACAUCACGUCUUUCGUUACAAGACCCACCACUAUAUCGCCCGCGACACGAUGUCGAGUCUCUCUAUUGGGUCAUUAUCGACAUUCUACUCCAUGCAAAGCCUGAACGGAGUGAAGAUUCCCCAUCAAGGAAGCUAACCGAAUUCGAAGACACACUCAAUGGGAGGACGUACCGUGGUAGCGACCGAACGACAUAUUUAUUCUAUCAAGAUUUGGAUUGGUGGAGACAAACGCUUCAUCCCGCAUUGGGGCCAGUUCUUGGUGAACUGCUUCAUAAAAUGACCCAGCAGGUCGGUCCAGAAUAUGAAUACCUAAUCGACCCACCGCGCUCCACUCAUCUACACGAGGCGUUCCGAAGAUUGCUCCUUCAAGCAAUAGUGGCCUUGAGGCAGCAACCUCCCAUUGCUUUAGACUCGAGUCGGCGAGUCGGUCGGCGUUCCCCUUAUGAACCCUUGUAUUAA